AUUAAAGCAAGGGAACAACAACAGCAUCAACUACAAAUGGAGCAAUUGCAUUUCAUGCAGCAGAGACAUGCUCAAUUGCAGAGAAGGGAUGCUAAUCAUCCUCGUCUUAGUGGCCCAAUAAAUGCUAUAAUCUCUGAAGGAAUGUUGGGGCAGUCUACUGCCAGUGUCUUGGCUGCAAAAAUGUAUGAAGAAUGUAUGAAACAUCCUCACUCAAUGGAGUCUGAGUCAUCCCCACAACUUAUGGAUGCUAGGAGAAUGGCUUUACUUAAAUCAUCAACUAACCAUCCUGGCCAGUUGGUCCAAGGUAACCCAGGCAGUGUGUCCGCAGCAUUGCAACAAAUUCAGGCACGAACUCAACAGAGGACUGUAACAACUUGCACUUUAUUUCCUUGGUUUGGCAUGCUUUUCUUUUUUCUUCCCUUUUAAUCAUUUUUUCUAUGCAUGGGUUUGGCUCUGAGAUGUACAUUUUGAAA